AUGGCAGACUCCGGAAUUACAGAGUCGUCGCUCAAGAACGCCCUAACAGAGCGAUUAAAAGCGACUCAUGUAGAGGUCACUGAUAUGUCUGGCGGCUGCGGCCAAUCCUUCACCUCCCUCAUCGUAUCCCCCCAAUUUGCGGGCCUCAACUCGCUGAAGCGUCACCGCGCCGUCAACGCCGCUCUCAAGGACGAAAUCGCAGCGAUCCACGCCUGGAGCGCAAAAUGCCAGACGCCCGAGGAGUGGGAAAGGGACAACGCUAAGAACAGUGGGGUUUCGAAGCCACCGAUGAAUGGGACGGUUAGGGGGAAGGUGGAGGGUACGGAUGCAUGA